UAGUCCAGUUGCUAAACACGACAAAAAAUACCCAGAAUUCCUCGCUUUAUACACUUCUGCGGUUGUUUUGAACAUGGAGGAGAGGGAAAAAAGAAGUGUAAAUUCAGACAGUAAGGAGACGUUGUCAGCACCCUGCUCCAGCCCGGCCUCAGCGCCGGAGGCUGAUAGUAAAGCUGAGGACGGUGGCGCAGUUAAACUGGACGUCUGCUCGGAUAAGUUUGAUCCACUCUUGGCCUUGUACUCACCGGCAGUGCAGCUUCCCUUCCCAAACAUCAAGUGCUUCAACAACGUGGCCGAGUACGAGAGCUUUCUGAAGGGCGGCCGCGGGAGAGCCAAACCGGAGAACGUGGAGAAAAGGCAGCGUAAGGCGAUGAAAGGCGUGGUGGACCUGGAGCGCAUCGAGAGGCUGAAGAAACUCAUGGUGAACAACCCGGUGUCUGAGUCAGAGGAGGGAGAAAGCAGCAGCGGCACGACGCGGAGGAAGAGGAGGCAGAAACCUGUGAAAAAUGUCCUGACGAGAAUGCCCCUGUGUAAAGGCAGUCCUCUGGGGGAGCUGUACCGCUGCGUGGAGGAGAGGAUAAGAGUCAAAGUUCACGUCAGGACUUUCAAAGGUCUGAGGGGAGUGUGCGCUGGCUUUGUCGUGGCCUUCGACAAGUUCUGGAACCUGGCGAUGGUGGAUGUGGAUGAAACUUACAGAGAGCCUCUGUUUGGAGAGGCUUUCUAUCAUGAGAAAGCCCUCACCACUACACGGCUUUUUGAGAAGCUAAGUCUCCAGGAAACCUCUGAAUGUGCUGAGUCGGUGAAGAAGCAGCCUGCAGAUUCUCCCAAAGAGACUCCAGAAAGUUCUGGAGUCUCUUUGGCAAGUUCUCAUGCCGUUGGUGUGAGAGGAGACGGCAGGACAGCAGACUCCAAGCUGUCAGAAGCUGCUGAAACCGAAAAGGACGCACACAAAACACUGCUCAUGGUCCAGAGUCCACAGACUCGCCAGAAGAAAGAAACCAAGACGUAUGGUAAGGUCCAUACGCGCCACAUCAACCAGCUGUUCAUCCGUGGUGAGAAUGUCAUCCUGGUUAACCCCCAGCCGCUCUGAUUUUCACUCUUACAUUGAUCCCGGGCAACAAAGCAGGGGUUUUUUGGAGCAUCUGCGCUAACUGGUACUGACAAAUUAUAGCAAUUCAGAAGGAUCGCAGACUGAUGAUUUAUAUCAUAUUGAUAUGGAGGUUUGUCUCUGCCCACCAGAGAAAUGAUUUUGCUUUUGAUAAAUAAAAGCGUUCCAGUUGUAAUUACAGAAAA